AGAAUUCGCUGACUUCGAACAGACAUGGGACGUUCCACUACUCAACACAUGCUUUGAGUUGCCCAAGCUAUUCUGCUUCGCCUUCUUUUGUGCACCUUGCUUUGCAUAUAAGCAGCGAAGCCGGCUAUUAGAUGAUGAUGUUGAGAACCGCUAUGUGUGCUGUGCCGGCCAGAUCUGUGGCGAACACUGUAACAAGGUCACCGACCCUUGCCCUCAAUUCUGUCUGUGUGUGGAAGUCUGCUGGUGCUUCUGGUGUGCUAUCGGAGCCAAUCGUUCGUUGAUGCAGCAGGCGUACCGUAUUCAGAACACGUGGCUAGAGAACUGCAUGAUCUGGUGCGCGUGCAUAACCUCGUGGAUUCGAUGCAUCCUCUCCUUCUUUGUUGACAUUCCCGAUGUGCUCGAUUUUAUCCUGGAUUGUAUCUAUUGCAUAUUCCAGGCCUGUCUGCAGUCUCAACAAGAGCACGAAUUGGAUAUUCGAAAGCCUCGAGUCUAAAUUGUACGGCACGGCCCCUAAGUUACUGCUGUCCGAAACUCAGUAUCCUCCAUCGGAAAAUUACUUGGGCUGCCCGUGCUAAAUUGUUGGAAUGUACAAAUACUGUCCGAUUUUUCUUAAUUUGAGGAGUUUAGGCAGUAUAGGCGUGAUCGCUAUUUGCUUUCUCGUUCCCCUGGUGGGUCAUAUAUAUCGGAAAGCAAUAACUUGAUGCCGACUUUGAAACACAUAUCACUCAAGCUUUGUCGAGGUACACGUAUAAGCUUGUGGUGGUAUUGUUAGAUAUAUAUCUUACACACUAAAUAAACUAUGGGGCUCUGAGAGAGUUCGUCCCUUCAUGCAAGUACA